AUGUUCUUCAGUCUGUUGGCCCUCGCGUUAGCAGGAUUAGCUCUGUAUGUUUACACACACGAGAACACUCAACAGAGUUCGGCCUCCAUUCUCCGCGAGGUGUGGACUGGGAAAUGUCAGCUGUCGUGCUGCGAGAGCCGUGACGGCAACGCACAUGAAGCAGGGUCCAGUUCUGGUCCAGACCCCUGCGCCUGUGCCCCUUGUCCUUGCAGAGUGCUCGCCAGUGUAUACAGAACAUGCCGUCCAGCGGGCCAGGCCUACAGGAGAAUAGCCGAUACAAUAUCGGACUGUUUCUACAUCGGUUUGAUUAUGUUAGCAGAAGCAUUUAUGUACAUUCAGAGGGUGUUUCAGUUCGGUAGAUCGCGAGAGAGACAAGCCGAGUUGGUGAAUACAAAUGUUUACGAAUCAACAGAGAACUUCCAUUUUAAUGGCGACGAGCCAACGGAGAAAGUUUCCAAUAAAACUAACAAGAACAUCACACAACACGAGUCCGUAUCGGACGCUAAUAGACGGGCUAUUGCGAAGGAUGAAUCAAACGUACCAUUCAAUGACAGGGAUGAUAUUAAUGAACCAAAUAUAGAGUUUGGUAAAAAUGAAAUUAUUGGAAGUGUUAUAAAUGACAAUAUUCCAGGUUUUAUCGAAGCGUCCGCGGCGAAAGCUGAUGAAGAAUCUAACGCGGUGGACGCCGGUUGUCAUAAAUGUUUAGAAAAGGGUAAAGUCUGUAUGAGUGAAUGUCCAAAAGCUAAAACGAAUAAGAAAUAA